UCUGAAUGCAUAUAUAAAGUAUGCAUACACAUGACGAAUAAAUAAGUGGUGGGCAUGACGGACCACCAGAAUAUGUUCGUGUGUGGUGAGUUGGUGAUUCAAAUGUGUGUAUAUAUAUGAAGAUAUCUGGCCUCCUCAAUUACAACACACAACAACUUAGUUCCUACUUACUUGUACCACGUACUAAUACAGAAGCAUCAAUCUCACCUUUUCAAACUCAAGAAAAUGGCUCAACUUGCCGCUCAGAGUCAGGGUGUUGAGAAAUACGGGCCUUAUGGGUGUCAGACUGGGCAACCAUGGUCUAUGAUGCUUGAACCAUGUGAAAGUUUAUGUGAAUUAAUCAUAAAAACUGGUGCUGUUAUUGAUUCAAUUACGUUUUUCACCACAAAGUGUCGUCAGAAGUUUGGCGGUAAUGGCGGAAAUGCUGAACACAAGGUUACACUCCAAUGUGGCGAAUAUGUAACCAAUAUAAGUGGGGCUAUUGGAGAAUGGCACGAAAAUGUUGACGUUACCAAGUUAAAGAUUCAUACUAACUUGUGUAAGGAUGGUUAUGGACCUUAUGGAGGUGGACCGUACACCAAGUAUUUGUAUGAUUUUAGCUCAGAAGUACCAUCAAAUGGUCGUGUUUUCGAUUCUUCGGAACAUUGGAAAACAACUACGUUCAGUCCAUUGGACUCUACGUCAAAAAGAUACGAAAAACUAACAUGACAUUAGUGAAACCAUGCAUGACAUUAGUGAUUCGUGGUUGCUCAUGACUGGAAGGGUCGUACGUGUUUGCGAGUCUGCGUAUCCGGUGAUCGUAUAUAGCGAAUGGGAAAUGGGGUGCCUUCCUACAUGUUCAAUACUAUAAUAACGAUCGAGAAGGAAUCUAGAGUUGCUAUUGCAUGUUUAUUCUGCUAUCAACAAUCUAGGCGGCAUCGAACGACACUGGUUCAUGGGUUUUCACUUUUCAGAACUCAACUCAGGGUGCCUAUAAUAAGCUUAGGUAUCCUUCUCACUCUACGUGUCACCUCUUUAAUGUCCUUAAUAUAUGCCAUGAUUCAUCAUUUUGAUUUUUUACAUUAUUCAUAAAUUAAUUUUGAUCAUGUUUUAAUACUUGUACAUAAAAAUAAAUGGGGUUAUUUUAGCUGUUGUGAAGUUAAUUUCAAUAUAUAUGUUUUCAUAUCCGUACGUGUUAUGUGUAUUUAUUUUGAGCCAUUAUCACCCUACCUGGCAAAAUUUAAUAAAGUUUACAUGUUAGCCAAAAAUAAAGUAACCAUUAUCAAAAGAACACCGAAAAAUGUUCAUCUUCUUUGCAACUACUGCCCCACCACCGUAUAUAUAUAUAAGUAGAGUGGACUUAUUCUCGACAUUAUCCCACUGCAAAAGUCUAAAUAAACAGAAAAGAUUAUUGUUUUCAACAAUUAAGCCUCGACUAAACAAAUGCAGAGAAUUUCACGUAAGGUCAUUGUUUACACCUACUUUCUCUUUCAGGUCACUAAGUAAUUCACUACUAUUAACAGAGGUCUAGUCGACUAUUAAGGAAGCUUUCACCUGAAAUGAAGAAAAUCUCCCUGACCCUGCAGAGAGAAAAAUCAAAAAUAGAACAGGCUAGGCACCAGCUAUGCAAAGAAGAAGCCAAAACAGAUAGAGUUAGACAUUCUAAAACCACGUCAUUAACAAAAAUUCACAACAGCUGAAAGUUCUUGAAUGCUAUUAAUGAACUCCGCACAUUUAAAUAAGCAAGAAAAGGGAGUUUAAGCAGGUUGGUUAUAUUUGCAGUAUCAUUUUGGAUUAUACCCCAAAUAAUGUCAAGGCUUUGUUUAGACGAGCCUCAGCUGCAAUUGCAAUUGAACUGGGUAGAUGUGACUUUGCAUAUUGGGACCUAUUAACAGCUCAUAAAAUUGAUCCUACAAAUCAUGAGAUAGCCAAGAAAGUUGAGCAGGUUCGGUCAUAUAAAGAUGAAAGGGUGCAAAAAACUCAUGCACACAAUGCAAUUCCAGUUGGACUAGGAGUUGGUUUGUCUUCCCCUAAGAAAAAGUAUAAGGUAACUGAGAUAAGAGACUCCAAUAAUAAUCAAAUGGAUAAGGGUGAUAUGGGUACAAUUUCGAAUAUGGAGAUGAUGAGUAGUGAGCAAGACAUGUCAAGUGUGGAGGAUAGGUUAUCAAAAGUUUGUUCAGAUGACAAAGUCCAAUUAAGCGAAAAGUGUGGGAGGAAAUGAGGAUAAAGAGGGGGUUAUGUGUUGUUCUAGUAAGGAGUGUCCUGCUACUUCUAACAUCAAAAUAGACUUGGAAGAUUGUUCUUGCACAGGGAAAAAUAGUUCUUUAAGUAAUAAUGUAGAUGUGGUUGUUGAUGAAGCAAUGGAGAUUGAUGAAGUAAUGGAGGACGAUGCUUGUUCUUCUAAUGUGCAAAAUUCUGGUCUAGCGGAGUCUAGAUAUCGGUUUGUUAACCGACGGAGGGCAGACUCCUUUCUUUCAAUUUCUAAGAAGGAUUACCGAAAGCUUGUUGCAGGAAAGUCUAUCUCAUAUGUUAACUCAAGAUUUGGUUCCCCUAUGGUCAUUCGUAUAAUGCCUACACCAAGGAAUUCUUCAUCUAAAGAUGUAAAAGUUGAUGCAGAAGGUUUCAAUGAGACCCCCAUUCCUCUUAUGAAAGAGUGUAAUCAAGAUGAUGUUGAUAGUUCUCUAAUGGGAGGAGUUGAAGAUAGUGUGGAAGAGAUAGCUGACAAUACUUCGUUAAGCUGCCUGGUAGAUAAUCAUACAUGUCAUGCCUUGCCAAGCUCUCCAGAAUAUGAUAGCAAAUCUCCAUCUCCCAUAUUUCAGCAAGGUCGAAGAUAUGCUCCAACAGUUAUGGGAAAAGGAAAGAAGUCUGGACUUCAAGAGAAGAGUACUGCUUUGAGGAGGAGAUUGAAGGCCUGGAAGCGUGGCUCAAGGGAUCAAUCUCAUUCUGUUUUUGAUUGCAGGUACCGUUCCAGAAUGAAGAGGAAGGCUUCUGCACCUGCUUUGGAGUUUUCUGAUCAACCAAGCAAGAGGGUUAUGUCUUGUAUUAGCGUGCAGUCAUGUUCUAGAUCGUGUUCAGCUAGUGUGGAGUCUAGUAGUAGUUCUAGUUUAGUUCAUGGUGUGUCGUGUUCUACCCACGACUGGGCAAAGGCUAUGUGCUCUGGGUAGCUGUCUUUUUCUUGUUUUUUUGCCUGUUUGUAAUUCCUGCCAAAAAAAAAUAAUGUCCAAAUUGUUUAGUCUUUCCAAAAUAAAGUUGUUUAUUCUAUUCAACCUUAGAAAUGGGUUCAAACAGAGACUUUCAGAAAACUACUCACAAAUGUAUUAUUGAAUUUGGAAAACAGACAUGGUAUCCAUACUUUGAUAUCACGUUGUUCAUCGAAGGAAGAGCUACACCUUCUGCAAUGCCAAGCAUAGCUAGCAUGGCAAGCAGAGCCCAAAGAGACUUUUCAGCUGCCCAGGGAGUAAGAAACGUAGUAAAGGACCACAAAGCAACACCCCAUAAUGAUCUACUAUGGAGCAAGGUAAACCCAAUACGCAAAAGAACACAAGAAAAAAAUACAAAGUACUUCGUAUAUAAGAUUGUUCCGAGUGUGGAACUGGAAGGACGUUCCGAAGUGCCUUGGCCCUGUCAAGCAGAGCAAACGUGAGCUAACCUCGGGGGUUUAACCGAGGAAACCCCCUCCGAUGCCUAAGUCAGCAAAUGGAUAAGAAGUCUUUAGAGAGGGAAUAUAGAGAGAAGGUGGAGCAAGUACCGUGUGUAAGAAUGUGUCCCAUCAUGAAUGAUGUGGGUGCUAUUUAUAGGCGUACUAUUCUGUACUUUGGCCUACUUAGAUGCCGCCACGUGUAUGACGGCGAUGUACUUUAUUCCUUGUCGUUGUCGUUUAGCCUGCAGGUCCCUUCUUGGACUGAUGCAGCUCUGCUCUGUGUCUUUACACGUGAUCUGGGGAGGUUUGAUCUGCCUGGGCUGCAUAUGCUUGGCUUGGGGUUUAGAGUCUUUCUUUGACUUGGGUGUGCCCUGGGUGUCAGGGUUUGCUCUGUCAUUGAUGUUCUGUCCUCUCUGGAUAUGAUCCCGUACUAGUCCCUCAAGAGUAGAGCUGACCUUUUAAGUCAGGUCUGCUCUUCUGUCCUUGAUCUGGAUAUGACCCCGUACAACUAGUCCCUCAAGAGUAGAGCUGACCUUUUAAGUCAGGUCUGCUCUUCUGUCCUUGAUCUGGAUAUGACCCCGUACAACUAGUCCCUCAAGAGUAGAGCUGACCUUUUAAGUCAGGUCUGCUCUUCUGUCCUUGAUCUGGACUCUUUAGGGCUGCAAUGCUUGUUUUGUUGGCUUUUUGCUUUUGUCCUGGCUGUGUAUUUUCUUGCUACCAGUCCCUCCAGAGUAGAUCUAAUUUUUUUUUUUUUUUUUGGGCGGCCUUUCUUUGAGGUGAAUGGUAAGAAAUCUUUGGGGAUUUUAACCGGCUUUUCCUCGUGCCACGCGUUGCCCAUCCGAAGAGUCAAUUGGAAUCGUCGCUCAA